CUUCCCCCCCCAGUCCUGUUGCUACACGCUCACAGAUAACUCGAGCUGAUAUACAACCAGCGAGAAAACAGUUCACGUUUACAUACUCUUACAUUUCGUAGCUAACAUUCAGACAAAAUAAAAGGUUGACACCGUCGGUAAAAAAUUUGCUCAACAAACGUGAAUGUGACCUAACUCUCGUCUUGCGCGUACGUCGUUGCGGUGGGACGUGAAAAUUUAUCGUUGUGUCAUCCAGAAGCUGAUCCGGUUUUUGGCGCCAUAGAGGAUCACCUAAUCAGUUCUGAUGGUGUGAAAUAUAGGCACGGGGGUUGAAAACCAAGUCGUUUAAUCGAUCUUGCGUCGUCACUGCGAAACGCAUCAGUGACUCCACACGAUUGGCGACUUCAUUCAACCAUCUGUUGCGUUUUAUUGAUGCACUGAAGAUGAGCAAAACACACUUGGCCCUUAUCUUGUUGGUUGCAAAUCACAUUACCGGAGCCCUUUCUCGAGGUCCACCAGUGAUAACAGCUCCCAUUCAACCCCGUUUUACUGGAAAAUUGGGUGAAGUUAUUCGUUUUAUAUGCCCCAUCAGAGGUGAUCCAGAACCCAUUUUCGAGUGGUAUAGGGACGGCGAGCGAGUCAUGGAAUAUUGGGAUCGCUAUCGGCUUAUCAGUAAAGGAUAUUCUCUCAACAUUCAGCGGCUUGAGUGCGAAGACCAAGGCACUUACAUCUGCAAGGCUGUGAAUGGUUUUGGCGUUCAUGAAAUCAGCUUUCAACUAGAUCUUCUUGACGAUGCGAUGCAAGACGCUUGUAAAAGCAGUAGCGACGAAGACGACACUUCGUCGUCAAAGCCGAUUAUCUUGCAUAAAUUCAAAAAGUCUAAGCAUAUGCUAAAGCCGGCCGGUAAUUACGCUUUGCUUAAAUGCAUCGCAGUCGCUGAGCCACUCCCCAAAUUCCACUGGUUCAAGGACGGUGUGGAAAUAAUACCCGAGAAAGGGCCACCAACUGGCAAUGUGGGACUUAAAUAUGUUGUGCGUUCAACAGUACUGUCAGAAGACGAUCUGACUGAAGUCAGCGAAAUGGAGGGCAUGCGAUCCACCUUGCAGAUUAGCGACUUAAGAGGAUCUGAUACAGCGAACUACACAUGCAGAGCCCAGAAUGAACAUGGGUGGGAUGAAUUAACUCACAUCUUGGAAGUUGUUGAGAGGCAGGUUCCUCGGCGUCCAGAACUGCAUCCGGAUUUUCCACCGGUUCAUACGUGGGUAGAGGCAGGCCAGGCUGGCUCAUUAUCGUGUAAAGUGAAUUCCGAAUUCCCCCCUGAAGUCCACUGGCUAAAGCGGCUGACGCCAAGUUCUGGAGUGUCAAACGUCGUUCAACCUCCUGUGCCCGACGAAGCGGAAGUCGAAACAAUUCAUCCGCAGUUCAUCGCCAACCGCACCAUCAUUAUAGGAAAUAUCAAGUAUCAGAUCUUACCUUCGGCUCCAGCCAAACUGAUUAAUAGCGACGGUUAUUAUGCGUCCAUUUUACUCCUAUCCAAGAAGAGUCAGGAGGUCGAUUCUGGAUACUACGUCUGUUUGGCUUUGAAUAAUGCCGGAUUUAACUUCCGGCAAGUCUACUUUAACGUCACCAAUAGCUACGUGACUCCAUAUCAGACUACAGAUGACAGUUAUCCGGGACGUAACACAAGCGAGGGCUGGGGUGACAAAGGCCGUACGGACGCCACAACAAUGGCGGUUGUCAUUGUUGUUGUCGUGUGCGGAUUAGUCGCGAUGGUGGCGUCGUGUUUCGUCUGGAAAAGACGCAAGAACCAUCUCAGAGAUAAAACUCUUAGCGUUGCGGCUCCGUCUCUUUGUUGCUCGGCGCCGGAAGCCAUUGUUGUACAGCAACCCACUCCGGUGACUCAUUCUCCAUGUUCGCUGGAUUACUCAGUAUUCCGCGAGGGAUUGUCCAGCGGUAAUGGAACACCUCCGGCAUCCAACAGUUCUCGAUCGGAUCCACCUCAGAAUGCGCCAUUGCAGCCGCACGUGCACCAGCAGAAAGACCUCGUCCCUCCACGGAUGUAUUACUUGCCUGCGCGGACGCCCAAUUCCAAUAGUCCCCGACAGCAGAAAGUGAUGCAUCAGCAGCAACAGCAGCGAGCGAAACAGAGCAGCGGCAGCGGAAGAAGCGGAAGUGGAUCUCGCCAGCAUCACCGUUCGUCGCCAAGGAGUAGCAAUAAUCAUCAUCAUCAUUACUAUGUAAAUCCACCGUAUCACCAUCAGCGACAUCCCGUGCCGCCGGAAGCCAGGUCGUUGACGACCGACACUUCCUUCCAUAGCGAAUCUUUCUAUCCGGAUUGGUCGGCCCAUCCGCAUCACAUUCGAUUGCCUUACCCGUCUCCCGAGAGCAGUUUCGAUCAGCUUUGAUUCAAUGGGAUACGAUCCGCAUCGCUGCCGCCAUGGCUGCCGCAUUGAGAUUGAAAUUCAACGAGAAUCGGCCACCUGUUGAUCAAAAAUGAAACUACUUGUUUCGAUCGAUGGAUCUUAAAAAACCGACAAGUUGAUUGACAACACCUGUGCAUAACGUCAAAAUGCACGUCCUUAACUUAAAUCAUUUUCUAGCAACAAACAACAACAA